UGUGACCGCGGGCGGUUACAAAGCGCGGGCCGCCCGCCGCUCCGCCUGCUGAGUCACGGCGCCCCUCGGUGCCGCUGCAGCGCGAGGCUUCGCCAUGGAGACGGAAGGCGCCCGUGCUCUGCUGGAGCGAGCGGACACCCUCAACCUGCAGACCGGCAACCUGCUGAGCUGGGGCUGCGGCCGCAAGAAGUGCCCCGCCACCCCCAGCGAGGAGGUGCGGGACUGCAUUCAGAAAACACUGACUGAAUGGAGCUCAAAGGUUGGAAGAGAUCAGAAUCAGGAAAUGGCAGAGGUUCUGGAAUGUACUGUAGCUCAAGCUGUAGAAAAAAUGAAUCCUGAAGAAAGGGAUGAACUGAAAGUAUCAGCAAAACUUUUCAUUGUUGGAUCAAGCUCUUCAUCAAUCAGAGAUGCAGUGGACAUGGCAUGUUCUUCCCUUGGAGUUGCUCAGUUAGAUUCGGUCAUUAUUGCUCCACCUCCUAUUGAAGAUGGAGCUAAUCUUUCUUUGGAGUAUCUGCAACCUUAUUGGCAAGAACUUGAAACUCUAGUUGAAAGCAAAAAGAUUGUUGCCAUAGGCACCUCUGACCUUGAUAAAACACUUCUAGAGCAGCUGUACAUAUGGGCACAGGUGAAACCGAGUAGCAAUCAGGUGAACCUGGCUUCCUGCUGCGUGAUGCCGCCUGAUCUCACAGCGUUUGCAAAACAGUUUGACAUACAGCUGCUAACUCACAAUGACCCGAAAGAAUUACUUUGUGAAGCAAGUUUUCAAGAAGUUCUUCAGGAAAGCAUCCAGAACAUCAAAGCACACGAAUGGAUUCCUUUAUGGAUUCUGCGGUAUUCAGUCAUUGUUAAAAGCAGAGGAAUUAUCAAGUCCAAAGGCUAUAUCAUGCAAGCUAAAAGAAACGCCUCUUAAAACCCUUCACCUUUUUUUUAUUCUUUGAAAUGUCCUACUGUUUUAAUUUCUGGGGGAUGGGAGGAACAUGCCUUUUUCAUAGAGAGACUUUACAUCAUUUAUCACAAAGACCAAAAGUUGUAAUUAUUGAGCAUGAUGUCAGAAGGAGCAUCUGCAGUGUUCUAAUGAUAUAUUUUUUAAUGUACUGACCAGUUCGUUAAAAAUGUUUUGGCUUUACUGUUGAAAUGAUCUAUAAAGAAACAGCUUAAAGUAUUUCUUUUUAUGACCAGUUCACUGUAGGAGUUCUGAUUAUAUUUUAGCUACCGCUAUGCAGCAUAGAGAAACAUAUAUUUUUAAGUUCAAUUGCUCUUCAAUAUUUACUAAUGUGGUAGGAACAUGGAUUUCAAACAUUCAAGGACUGAUUUUUAUUUUUUUUUUAAUAGAAAAUUGCCAUCUUUCAUGGAACAAUUAUUCUAAAUAAACUAUCUUUACUUCUUAUGUAUAUAGGCAAAGUAGUUGUUUAAUUUGUGUGGAUGGGAAAAAUUUGUUUAUUUUUAAUAUAUCAUGUUUAUAUAUAUAUAUAAAAAAAAGCAAUCCUCUGAUUUAGAAAGAAGCAUCUUCCAAAUUGCUUUUCUUUUUAUGACUUGAAUUCCUUCUGUCUUUUGUGCCUGUGUGCUUUUAGUACUUCACAAAUAAUGGCAUCUUCGCCAUUUCAAGUAGAAAAUGUUCCAUUGUGUGUUUAAAAUUAAGAACUGGAAACAAAUGAUGAGAAAUGUGUUAAUCAGGAAUCCAAUAGUACUUGGUUUGUCCUCAGCUGUGUGUGUUCUUCUAAUGUUCAAGAGCUAUGCAAUCUGAAUCAGCCAUGGCAGAAACAGUGGGAAAUGUUAAGGCUGCUGACUGUGUGUUCAUGUAAAAGGGAUGAUGAUUCUGAGGAUUGCCUUGGAAACAGCAUUGCUUGGGUGCCAUUCAGAAAUGAAGCAGACAAAGAUUGUCUUAGACUUAGAUAUCUUUCUGUUUGGCAGUAGCUUAAUGGUCUGGCUUUGGAGUCUUAGGGAGAAAUGGCUGCAGCUAAGGCCGGUUUAAUGUGCUCUAUUGGAAAGGCCUUUAAAUUUCCUUGGCAUUAAAAUCAGAAUAGAUGGCAAAAAAAAAAAAAAA